AUGGCAAACAGCGACAUUACACCUAAUAACCCUCCUUAUCCAGCUUUUAGAGCUACAAAUAAAGAAAGUUUUGCUUAUGAUACAACUGUUCGUCGAUGGCCGAUUAUUAUUGACAGCGCUAUUGUUGACAUUCAGAAAACCAUUGAUGAGGUCGAGAAAUCUGAUGAAAAAAAAGCCAAAGAGGGUACUCUAAUUAUACAAGCACUUGAAGAUCUCAAAAAAGAGUUAGCAGCUGAUGCUCCUUUAAGGCCUAUAAAGGAUAAUCAUUCCGAUACUGACAAAUGGAACACACACCUUCAAACUUGGUUUUCCAAUUGCACCUGGUUCAAUGGUACGUGGCUUUUCAAUGAAUGUUAUAUCUAUCGUCGUAUAUAUGAGAUCUUCAACCUAUCUACCCAUUGGCAAAAGUAUGAUUGUUUCGAGCGUCAAAAGAUCAACACUUUCCGUGGCAGUCAUGCAGCUGUAUUCGACUUGGCUACCAAAAUGCCAGGCCUUAUUGAUCCUGCCAAUGCUUCCAGUUUAGAAAAGCUUGAAUUGAUCUAUCAUGAAUUGAUCCAGGUUUGCUUAUGGGGAAACGCGACUGAUUUAAGUUUAUUGACUAAUAUGUCAAAAGAGGACAUUCAGCGACUGCAGGCAGUUGAGAAGGAUCGAUUAGCGGAGAGACGACAAUAUAUUUUAGCAGACGAUACGCAGAAAGUAUGGGAAGCUCUUAAAAGAAAACCUUCAGGUGUUAACAGAGUGGAUUUUGUAUUGGACAAUGCAGGCUUUGAGGUUUUCGUGGAUAUGAUUUUCGCCGAUUGGCUGCUUCAAGUCGGACUGGCCGACAAAAUUGUUUUCCACUGUAAGGAAAUGCCUUGGUUCGUGUCUGAUGUCAUGCCAAAAGAUAUGCCUUUGAUGUUCCAAUGUUGCUUAGACGAAGAUUUCUUUGCCGAAGAGAACAAGACCGAAGCUGAUCGUCGAGCUUUAAUGAUCAUGGUUAAACGUUGGCAGCAAUAUGUACAGGAUGGUGUUUUGGAAUGCCGCUCCCAUGAUUUUUGGACAUAUGGUUUGUCUUAUUGGUACAUGAAGUCUGAAGCCCCUGAUUUGUUUGAAGAUAUGAAGAAGGCCAAGUUAGUGUUAUAUAAAGGAGAUUUGAAUUAUCGUAAAUUGGUGUUUGAUUGCGAUUUUCCAGUGACAACACCUUUCAAGGAAGCGAUAGGUCCUGCUAUGGCAAAUGAUUUUACUCAUAUUGUUACUUUGCGUACUAACAAAGCUGAUCCUGUCGUUGGGCUGACAGAUGAGACGAAGAGGGAUAUUGAAAGUAGAGCAACGCGUCAAGAAUGGCGCUUCAGCGGAAAAUAUGCCGUUGUUGAAUUCAACUAG